AUGACGACAGACAUAGCUGGUGAAUGGCUUCAUUUUGACAACAGCCAGCCAAAGCGUAAGCGCGCCGAGCUUGUUUGCUCCUCAUGCCACGGCAAGAAGAUCAAGUGUGACCUUCAGAAAAGAAGCAGCCAGGGGCAGUCGAAAUGCACCAAUUGUCACACAGCAGGCAGAGACUGUCAUGUACGCCCGUCAAAGAGGAGGCGUACCGCAACUGUAGGGGUGGAACAGCGGCCGCCCGCUUCUCUGUCUCCCGAGAACGACACCCGCGCUGAGGCCGAUGUGCCUCGCAAUGAAUCCCCAGUCCUGGUGCACCAGGAGAGCCCAAGCCUGCAGCGGACCGAUCAUGCAUCCACCUCAGACAUGCCUGUGGGCGCGGCCACUAGCAGGAGCAACCCGAGCGAUGUCGACACGGGAUUUUUACAGAUCUAUGGACCGGAGAAUCAGUACGACGCUGAGCAGCAAGAAUUGAAGGCUAGCCUUGAGCAUGGCUACAGGCACUCCAAUACGCAGCAACAGGAACUGCUUCAAAUAUUCGCCGAGACGUACGUGGAUUAUGCAUAUCCUUGGUGUCCCGUGCUAGACUUGGACAGAAUUCAAGACGAUACGAUACGCUCGCCGCUGCUGGCAAACUCUCUGGCUCUCGCGGCCAGCCAUAUCCGGCCGCCGCUCAUACCUCACGAGGGACCUGCCGCCUAUUAUGACAAGGCCAGAGCCAUCUUCUACAAUGACGAAGAACCAGAUGGCCUCACCACGUUGCAAGCCAUCUCCCUGUUCUACUGGUGGGCACCUAGGCCACCAAGCAUCGCUCACAGGCACUCGUCCUGGUGGUGGACCUCGGUGCUUAUUCGCCAUGCUCAACAGAUGAACUUCCACCGCGAACCAAGGCCACAGGACCCGUCCAUAGGAGCGCUGAAUCUAAGCCUCCGUCGAAGAAUAUGGUGGACUGCCUUUGCGCGAGAACGCCUGACUGCCUUAUGUCAGAGCAAGCCGUGCAUCAUAGAUCCGCUGGACUGCAAUAUCCAGGAGCCCACGCUUGCAGACUUCCCCAGCAGCCCCGACUUUCAACGGAAAGGUGAAAUCUUCAUCUAUUGGGUACGCCUUUGUGGCAUCAUUGGGAAUGUAGCCAAAUGCCUUUCGCGUUCUACUAUCGCUUCAUCCCCACCCUCUCCCGAACAGCUGCGUCAGGACCUUGUUGGCUGGGUAACAUCGCUUCCACCUCACUUACAACUCCCCAUUGGCUCUGCCCGGACAGCAUCAUUCGAUCGUGAUGUGCACCAGCUACACCUACCAUAUCUCACUACCAUUAUCGUACUACAUCUCAAACGGUCCGCGCAUGCCCUUCCCCAAGCUCUCCCACCUGCCAUUUUGGCAGCGUCGUGCAUCGCUCGCAUACUGAGGGAUAUCCUCUCUCGCGGCGAUGCUCGUUUCUUGAUGGCUAUCACCUGUUGGUACAGUGGUAUGGCCUUCAUUGCUCUGUUACAAGCUAGCCGCAUCGAAAACUUAUCCCAGGACGCGACCGAGGGCCUCAAUAUUCUCACAAAUGCCGUCGAGCAACUGCAACGGAUGUGGGGCACUGCCAAUAUCAUUCGACAAGGAUUCGAUCGACUUAGGAGCCAGAGUGGCCCCAUGGCGAGUGAGGGAACAGGACCAGGUAACCUAGGAGUUGAAGCUCGUGCACGGCAGAGCAUUGAGGGUCUUCCAAGCGUGGAUAGGCCUCACAAUGAUGAUGCAAAUGCUCAAGACUAUGACUGGACGAACCUGUUCCCAUUCGUCACGCGGCAAACAAACCGGAUUGCAGAGGCUCUAUUACCCAGCAAUGAGCCAGGAGCGCCCCAGACUCGCUUUCCAUCACCAGAAAAUAUGCUGUUUCAUGAAACUCUGAUGACGGAGUAUCAGGACCUCUUCGAGCCUUUCGCCCCCUACGAAUCACUAGAUUUCUCGAACGCAGGGUUCUUUGCAUGA